AUGGAGAGGUGUUGCAAAGUAUUCUCUACUGCAAGGAUGAGUGAAGUAGAACUUGCUGCUCAACUGAAGUUGGAGAUUUACCAUUACAGAGAACUGAGACACCGAGAGGAGGAGAAGGACUCCGACCAAGCCACGUCGGUCAACGAAAAGUCAAUCCACAUUGAACAUGCUUCCUUACGUACCUAUGCCUCUCAAACUCUCAUUCUCCACGACCUAGCCUCCGUCGAUUCGACGGUGGAAGACGACAAAAGUGGCAAUGAUUCAAAAUUCGCUCGGAUCCGAUCUCCCAACUGA